AAUGAAUUCCACAGGCUCUGAAAUAGUGAAAGAUGAAGAAAAUCCAUAAAAAUAAAAAUGUAGCAAUAAUUCAACAGUUUAAAAUAUUUAAAAUAGCUAUUUCGAUGAAGAAUUUUUAAAGAAAAAAGAAAAAAGAAAUCGGAAAUUUUUCCUUAAGAAAUCAAUCUCAAUUGUAUAAAUUUGCAAAUAAACUGGCCAAUUAGACUUGCAAUUUGGAUCUGACUUUUUGCAUAUAGAGAUAAUGCAAGGUGGUCAUUUUCCUUUGAAUUAAUAUAAUUUAAAGGAUAUUCCUUCAGAGAUUUAUCAUAAUGAUCAGGAGUGCUAAUCAUCCAAUAUCAAUACUAGUCUUUGUACCGCAUCAAAGAGUCUCUUGAAAAAGGUAAGAACAAUUUAAUCCUCUCUAAAUUACAAAUCUUUAACUUAAAUUUAAUAAUAAUUAGAUGUUAACGAACUACGUUAAAAUUUCAAUAUCAAAGAAAACUAAAUUAAUCAUUCUAAGAACUCAUACAUUUUUGAUAGAAAUCAAAUUUAACAACAUAAAUUAUUCUCUCAACAAAUUGAAGAAGCCAAACAAAUUUUAUUAAAUCAACACUAAGUUAUUUAAUUAAUUCUUUAAUGA